UAAGCACACCUUUAAUGCGCAAGGUCGCAAUAUGAUGUGAGAUAUAGAAUAACCAGGUUUUGUAAUAAAAUACGAAAUUUCUCCCAGAGCUUUAUAUGUUGACAAAAAUGGCUGUAUUUCUGAAGAUCACCAAUGAUGGAUUUACCAAACUAAAUAUGACUUGUACGGUUAUUAUUUUAAUAUACUGUUCCAAUUUCUGGACGAGUAUUGUAGCUUCUUCGGAUUCAAUAUACGACUCAUCCAACGACCGUACAACGAGGUCGAACAAAGAUAUUCCUGAUCCCAAUAUUGCACUUGAAGGACAAUGUGUUGUGGUAUGCGAUGCAAAGGUGGUGGGAUUGAAACAAGCGUCGGACGACCCAAAACCUUUGAAGACAAACCGUGUUGAAUUGGAUUCUACCGGCGAUGACAACAUUUCCGACCCUCCGACUAACUUUUGGGAUAAAAUAUCUGGACCUGUAUGCGAUGGGCUGGUUAAUGUCGGCCGACGCAGUAGAAAAGUUGCAUUUUCAGCAAAACGAAGUAUUGACCUUACUGCGCCAGAUACAGCUAUGAAUGGGAAAACAACCGUUACUUUUGAUCACGUGUUGGUGAAUAUUGGAAACGGGUUCAAUAUGGAGAGCAGCACGUUUGUGGCACCUGUUAGUGGAGUUUAUUCAUUGUAUUUUCAAGUCUACAGACUGUACAACAAAAAUCCGCUAACCAUCGACCUUCAUAUCAACGGAAUUCCGGUUUUACGUGGAUUUGCAGACGGAGAGAGUGCUAAUCAUAAUUCUGCGCACAACAGUGGGAUGAUACAUUUAGUAGCACUUGAUCGUGUUGAUGUCAAAGUCAGUGGUGGGAACUUGGACAGCGGAUGGAAAUAUUCUACUUUUUCGGGAUAUUUAGUUUUUGAGGACGAACAUUUUUAAUUUUAGUCAUUUCAAUUUUUCUCUACUGUAGCGAUCGAGAAAUUCGUCGCUGGUCGUCCAGAUCUUUAAUAAAAUAUUAAAAAUCUAUAUAAUAAUGUAUUAUUUGCAUUAUAUAUACCGGCAUGUAUAAAAUUUAAUCAAAAUAGCCUGCGUUAGAAUUGCUAUGUCAUUGAUUCGUGCAAAUAAGGAAAACUAAGAUUGAGAACGAUGAAUUACGAUCCAAAUCUAUGCUCACUCUGACUACAUGAUUUGUUGGAAACUGAUUUUUCCUGUUUUGUAGCAUGUGGAUAACACGGAUAGAGCACAUAUGUAGGGUUUGAUUCAUUAAUACUUAUAACUUUUAAUGUGGGUAAAAUUGACUACACAACUUUUCAGCACCGAUUCUUAAUAAACAGUGGCUUCCAUCGUUGCCCAAUCGCUUUCAAAGGCCCUAAAUCUUGUAAUUUGCAUGAAAAACGAACAUCAAGAGAAUGGAGUUGACCAGGAUAAGUUCAGAAAACAAUAAUAUGCAUCGUCUUUGGUAUAUCUGUACAUGCCGACUUUGCAAAUAAAAUAAAUCAAAAACCCUGCUUACGAUUUUAAAAUAUCGGCACCAAUUUCUUAUUCAAGUGCUGUUGUACAACUACCACAGCAGGCGACCACAGCAGCACCAUUCUUACUCCAGAUUCAAUUCAGAUGAUUUAUAAAUCUGUUACUUUCCUAUCAUUUUUCAUACCAAUGCUGUGUUUGUGUCGGUUUCUGCGUCGUACACUAAGACAGUUAUUUUCGACCGACACUGGUGUUUCGACAAUGGUGCG